GCAGGGGAGAAAGAUGGGAGUGGAGGUGGAGGUGGAGGUGGAGGUGGUGGUGGUGGGAGAGAUAGGGCGGUGAGUCCUGGUGGCGGUGGUGGUGAGUUUAAUGGUGGUGGUGGGAUGUACAUGGGAGGUGCAGAUCAUCACUGGCAAACGGGUUUCUGGGUUUGA